GUCGAUAACAACCUACAGGGCAUCAAAGUACACAACGAAGUGCGGUUUUUUGUUUUGGAGUCAAUGCUCAAGAUACCGGCAGCUGUCAAAGAAGAGUCUCAGAUGCAAACCAGGGUACAGAACAACAGAUAACAAAGGCUGCCCACAUCCUAAAUGUGACAAUCAGAUCCUGUCCGCUGCUUGCAACAUCGACUACAGGUCAUCUCACAUCGUCUACAGUAACGGCACGACACAGUACAAGAGUGGGGGCAAGUGUACUUCCCCUGGGAUCUGUGCCGAAUGUAAUGAAGGCUUUUACCCCAGCAGAGAACGAUGCAGAAUGUGCGGUGCCAUCAGUAACUGUCCUCUCGAAACAUGCACCAGCAGCAGCAACCAGUUGUGUAGUCGCUGUGAGGGGGUCGUGCUGGACCAGGCAGGACACAGGGCAUAUGUGGCGUCUUUUGGUAACAGAUCAUGCAUACAGGCGUGUUCGUGGCGGAGUGACAGCACCCGGUGUUAUCCCGGGACCUGCAGGAACGAGUACGCCAGUAACUGUGCCUGCUCUAGCGGCUUCACAGGGAAACAUUGUCAGACAAUAACUGCGAAGCCCGCAAUAAACUUCAACAUCCUAAGACUGACCGCCAGCAACGGCGACACGGCAGAGGCACCUCCCAACAUCAACAGUGGUCCAUCUCAGUCCACCUGUUGGUCAAACAUCAACUCUCCAUCCAGAAUGUACUACAGGUUUACGGCAGAAUACAGAAUGGUACCUCCACCCAGACAUGCCUUCAUUGAAGGUUUCCGUGUGGGAAUUGUCAGUGGUGCUGCUACAUUCAAACUAAAGAGAGGUGCAGGUGUUGUCUCCACUAAGGUCUAUAACUGUGGAGGAGUCAGUCGAAGCAGCCCGGACACAGACCUGUACACAUGUGAAGGAAACCCAUCAGGGACGUCUGUACUACCUCUACCCUUCCAUCACAGAGAUGUUAUCGAAUUCACUUAUUCAACAAGUAAUGGAGGGUAUGUUAAGGUCCGGAACAAGGAGAGUAACACACUAGCGACCUACUACUAUAACGGUGCCACACAGACCCACGUCUAUACUGUGUCCAUAGACCUGGUGGAUCCCUAUCACUGUACUGGUACUACUGCCUGUGUUGGCAGCAUGCUGACUGUUCCCGAUGUUAUCAAGACUUCCACAGUGAAUCUCCGCUGGAGUGGCUGGUCAGAUGCUGAUGCAGGAGUCGACCACUUUGUGAGGGACGUGUAUGAACUCCACGCUGUUGGGGAUGUACUCAGAGAUAAACAUAUUGACAGUACAACGUUGACUAGCUCAACGACGUCCAACAGCUACACACUGACUACGGCGGGCGUGUACUCGGUUGUCCUAUCUGCCUAUGACAAGGGAGGUAAUCACAAAAGUACUAGAAGAAUAUUGAUAUAUGAUGGUACUUCGACUGUAACAACACAAGCAAAUACAUCCCUCAGUGUGACAACAGCAUCAUCAGCAACAUCAGAUUGGCAAACUACGUCAUCAUCAGUGACAGUAGACUGGACCAACAGAUACAUCAACACAGUCCACUACAACAACAAGUGGCUCCACGGCGUGGCUUCUGUUGGUGACAUCAGCUCGGACUAUGACGAUAACGAGGGUGACAGAAGUGUGGCUGCCAUCAGUAAUGUUCAGGGUAUAACACGAUUCUUGACGUCAUACAAAGUUGACCACCAAGGAGGGUCGUCCAUCACCAGUCCACCACCUGAUAACCUUUUCACCAGUCAAGGUCUGAAUCAGUCACAGACCAUAACACCCUCACUAGUGGACGGGGACACUGUACGCUUCUGGGUGCGAGCCUAUGACAUCAGACGCGAAUUCCUUGAAGAACAUGUGACAGUCCACAUCGACACAUCACCUCCAGUCAUAGAGAACCUUUGGCUAAACAGAAGCGGCAGUCUCAAUAUCAGUAUACAUCGGGUGGAGGAACUUCAGGAUGUAAUAAUGGAGCUUGAUGUGCACGAUGAGCACAGUGGAGUGGGAACGUUGGAAUGGAGAAUCCUGGAAAAACGGCAAGAUGAAGACAUUGCUCUAGCUGUCCAUGACAUCUCGGUUCAAGGAUAUGUAACUCUGGAAGAAUGCUACACCAUGCACGAUGCAAGGGAUGAUAACUGUUAUUGUACUCCAGCUGGCACAUGUUAUCAUUCCAACUACCAAGUGAAACCAGCCCUGGCAGACGUAAGGGACGUCAAGUUGACUGAAGGAAAGGAUUACUGGUUUGAAGUCUCAGCUACAAAUCAUGCUAAACUCAAAACUAAACAGGAAGUAAAGAUAAUCUAUUUCUCGGAACUAAACCUUGUACUGGUGUUGUCGGUUACUGCGUCCGCUGUGGUUGUAGUUGCUGGCAUCAUCGUUGGAGUAGUUGUUUGGCAGAGGAAACGAAGAGGUCAACCGGAGAUCUCUGACCAAGUUGUUUACUACAACACCGGACCAUUUAAAAAUAAUAAAUCUAAGACAACUAAAACUGAAGACAACGGACAGCAGCCUGAAGAUACGACGUAUGACAAGCUUGAUCUCAACUUACGCGACAGAGACCCUGGGGGGUGAACCAUACUGUUCUAUACAGACUCUUGGGUCGGACGAAACAAAUAUAUACGAACCUAUUGAAUGUCAGAUUUACGAAAACAUUGGCGUACGACCGCGUGUUACCUUCAACAGCACAGCAGAUGAGACAUACGAACAAACCUGAAUACCACAAUAUGGUCAAUCACAAAUCACUCACGUGUAUGUACUUCUUAAAGGAAUAUUCAAAUGUCUGUUUAAAAAAUACCUGUGACAUGUGCGUUAGAAUUGAUCUUCAGCAGUCCAUACUUGUAAGGCAGGUUCGGGUGGUCAGGCUACAGACCUUGUUGAUGGGUGUCAUUGUAUCCCAGUUGUCACUGUCGUCACAAAGUUGGACUACUCAAGCGUUAAACACCAAUCACGUGUUAAACAACAAACAAAACUAUCGAGAUACAGGCAUACUCUUCCAAACACAUGGCUGGACAUGUACGGGACACGACUUGGUGGUUUGGGUUGCCAGAGGUGUUCCGUUCGUGUCAUCGAAACCCGACGGUGUGGAGCUCUUAUCAUUUGGUCAAUCACUGGAUUAACUGAUGCAAAUAGUUUUGUCCAGAGUCAUAUAUUAGGAAUAUGAAAUUUCACGCGUCAAAUAAUAUUUUGCCAAAUGAAACUGGCUUAGAAUAUGUCUGUACACGAGUCACCUGUGUUGUAGACGGUUUUCACCAUUCCUUUAACCCCGUCGAAUUGUUAUAUUUUGCAUAUAUCAGUGAAGUCUGUCCAGAUUCACUAAACAGUUUAACAUAUUAUGUUAAUGUAGCUAAAUUACUUAACAAUGUAGACAUCUUGAUCUCUAUUGAAUGCACAUUCUAUAAAUUUAUCAUACAUACACUAUACGCUUGUACAACUGUUUUGUUGUAAUAUAUGGUGUUCUUUUGUAGACAAUAAACUGUUCUGUGCUUUA